CCUGUUUGAAGUACGUUGGGUGCCUUCAGCGGAUCUGUCCUGCUCUUCUUGUCCAUGCACUGUGGAUGGUGACAUGCUUGGUGAAGACCAUGAAGCCAAUAUCUCACCUAGUGCAUUCCAUCAGCCAGACCUGGAGCAUCCCUCAUGAUGAAGACACUGAGUGUUGACUUAACCUGUUCUUCACUGAGAUCUCUGGAUCUUUGAUGUUUGCUUGGUGAGGAACACCAGGGUACAGAGUCCUCCCUCAUCAUGGAGCCCAGAGCCCACAUUCAGAAGGAGGCAUCUAGCAUGCAGAGAGCAGAAAACAUUGCCUCUGAGUUAAAUGAUGCUUUGCGAUAUGGCCAGAGGGAAAAGGUACUGGAGCUGCUGGAACGUGGUGUUGAUGUCAACUGCAAAGAUGAAGCUGGCAAAACUGCCCUCAUUCUAGCUGUGCAAAGGAAGAAUACAAGUUUGGUGGAAGCUCUGUUGGACAGGGAUGACAUAAAAAUUGAUGAAGCAGGUGAGGAUGGCCAAACAGCUCUGGCGGUGGCUGUAGAGAAAAACACAUAUGAUAUGGCAGAGAUGCUGUGUAAGAAAGGUGCAAGGACUGACAUUGGGGAACUUGUUGCUGUUGCAAAUAGGAACCGUGCUAGCAAAAUGGCAUGCCUUCUUCUGAAGUAUAACACCAUGUUUGUUCCAACAAAACCUGACAAGUGGGAGCCAAAGAGCAAACGUUGGAGGCACCAGCUGCAAAGUCUUCAUAAGAUGUAUCACCCCAUGAUUGGCAAAUUAAAAGUAUUUCAGCGCACCUCUCAGAGAAUUCAGGACAACAUCUACCUUGGGCUCUAUGAUGAGAUGGAGGUGGCAGUAUGGAUACACCACCGUGCAGAAGGUGUCAAGGAGAAAACAUUCCUUGGCCAAUGUGGGAGCUGUGAACAUCUACUGAAGCUCUUCCAAUCUGAGCAAGAAAAGGGCUGCAUGUAUUUGUGCUUCCCUCUCUGGGAGAAAAACCUCGAAGAACAUCUGCAGGACCCGGAAGACCAAAAGGAUCCCAAAGGCAUCCUGAAGAUGAUCUUCCAGGCAGUGAGAGAGCUGCACUCACUUGGGUUUGCUCACCAGUCUCUGCAUCCCAAGAACUUCUUGAUAGAUUUAGGUGGCAAAAUUUACUUGACGGAUUUUGAUAGCACCAGAAAGCUGACUGAAGGCAAAACUGAAGUUAUCAAUAAAGACUUAGAGAACCUCAGCAAGCUCAUGCUGUAUGUUUUAACAGGGGGUAGGAAACCCCUUAAUGAAGUCAGUACCAAGGAUAUGGAUGCGGGUUCCAUGGAUUAUGAGGAGGCUUUGGACCUUAUUGAUAGCCUGGCCUCUCAUGAUGAACGGGGCUUGGAAGAUCUGAGCAAGCACCCCUAUUUCUGGAGCAAACAGAAGAAGUUCAAUGUCCUAAAGAAUAUAUGGAAUAAAAUCAAAGAUCUGACUGAUGAUGAUAAAGAGGAUGCUUUUAACACUCUUAAUGCUGGAAAACCAGUUCUUUACCCAAACUGGAUUAAGCAGAUUGAUCGAGAGAUUCUGCGCAUCAUGACGACUGUCAAUGGUAAAAAAAAAUUCUACGAGAAAAACAUCGCACACCUACUGAGAUUCAUCAGAAAUCUGGAUGAGCACCCUAAUAAGAGGAUCAGUGAAAUAGCAGGAGACCAUGCUGAGUAUUUCCUGAAGCUUUUUCCAAAACUGACCAUUCAUGCCUACAACCGUUUACGCCGGCAUCCCAGGUACAGUCACUUCAUAGACAUUCAGGACCCUUCUUCAUAGGAGCCUGUUGCCUCGCCUCCCAUGGAUGAUCCCACUUUCUCUGCCUCCUUCAGCUGCAAAAGAGUUGAAGAAAGUGGGUAAGGACAUGAGAGCAUAGGCAGGGGCUGAGCACAGAGGACUUGGUCUGAGAAAAUGGAAUAUGGUUCAGCAGAUGUGUCUGGUACAGGAACCAUGGGCUUGGGAGAGGAGCCAAGCUGACUGUUAGCUCAGUGACUUCUCCAUCCUUCUGGGCUUUACCCCUUGGAGAUGGAGACCUUGUGGCAUCUUCACUGCCCCAGGGGCUGCUUGUUUCUCUGUUAAUAGGAGGUGGCACAAUGCUUACAUAGUGCUUAUGGAAUAUUUUCUCAUUCAGGGCUUUUAAUGCUAUGAAAAACCAACUGGUGUUCUAUUAGCCUAU